CUGGUUGUGAGGCUAUACUCCAGUUUUGCAAAAUGAACCUGAACACGUGAGAAGGCCAGACGAACACACGAGUACUAGGCCUGGAGGAAACCUAGAUGUGUCCAUGCCAGGGUCCCCGCCCUGCUAUUCACAGGAGCGCUCCGGUGCGGGGAGCGAAGCAGAAAGCGCACAAGCAGCUCCAUCCCCUCUACGACUGCGUGGGGUCUGCAGUCAGGGCCACACGGUUUUCAGAAGGUCCAGACUGGCUGGAAGUGGCACGGUGGGACACUCAGAGCGGUGGGACACUCAGAGCUGGGAGGCUGCCGCCAGGUUCCCAAAACGGAGCUCCCUGCGGAGCCGGCACGGGUGUGCCCUCGAUCCAGGACUGGUGAAACUGGGGGCGGAUCUCAAGACCCUUUGGGGGUGCUGACUCUACUGCUCGUGGAAGAAAUAAAUAAAAAGGGGAAAGUGGAGACAGGCCCAGCUGCCCCCUGAGACUGCGCCGUCAGGACCUUCGCCGAGUCAGGCCGCUCCUGCUCCCGGACCUUGCCCCUCGCUCGGGACUUUGCCCCGCCGAGUCUGUGCCCAGCGGUCGCUUCUUUGCCUGCCCAAUGUCGCCUCCUCGGAGCAAGUCCGCAGCGCCUAAGGCGUCACAUAUGGACCUCUUCCUCCUAGUUCCUACAGCGAAGGGAUGAUGGACCGUCUUCCUCAGUCUCCGCGCUCAAGCGCCUGGAGCGGAGUCAGUGGACAGAUAAGAUGGAUGCCCGGUUCGGUUUCGAGAGGCUGAAGGAGCCUGGUGAGAAGACAGGCUGGCUCAUCAACAUGCAUCCCACCGAGGUCUUGGAUGAAGACAAACGCUUGGUGAGCGCAGUGGACUACUACUUUAUUCAAGAUGACGGGAGCAGGUUCAAGGUGGCCCUACCCUACAGGCCAUAUUUCUACAUCGCCACCAGAAAGGGUUGUGAACGUGAAGUCUCAUCUUUUCUCUCUAAGAAGUUUCAGGGUAAAAUUGCCAAAGUCGAGACUGUCCCCAAAGAGGAUCUGGAUUUGCCAAAUCAUUUAGUGGGUUUGAAGCGGAAUUACAUCAAGCUGUCUUUCCACACUGUGGACGAUCUUGUCAAAGUGAGGAAAGAGAUUUCCCCUGCUGUGAAGAAGAACCGAGAGCGGGCCCAUGCCAGUGAUGCGUACACAGCCAUGCUGUCCAGUGUCCUGCAAGGGGGCAGCAUAGUUCCCGAUGAAGAGGAAGCCUCUAAGAAGACAGCUGACCAGCUGGACAACAUCGUGGACAUGCGCGAGUACGAUGUCCCUUACCAUAUCCGCCUCUCCAUUGAUCUGAAGAUCCACGUGGCUCAUUGGUACAACGUCAGGCUCCGAGGAAGUGCUUUUCCAGUGGAGAUCACCCGGCGGGAUGACCUCGUUGAACGGCCUGACCCUGUGGUUUUGGCAUUUGAUAUUGAGACGACCAAACUUCCCCUGAAGUUCCCUGACGCCCAGACAGACCAGAUCAUGAUGAUAUCCUACAUGAUCGAUGGGCAGGGUUACCUCAUCACUAACAGGGAGAUUGUCUCAGAAGAUAUUGAAGAUUUCGAGUUCACCCCAAAACCAGAGUAUGAAGGGCCCUUUUGUGUCUUCAAUGAACCUGAUGAGGUUCGCCUCAUCCAGAGGUGGUUUGAGCACGUCCAGGAGACUAAGCCCACCAUCAUGGUCACCUACAACGGGGACUUUUUUGACUGGCCAUUUGUGGAGGCCAGAGCAGCGGUCCAUGGCCUGAGCAUGCACCAGGAGAUAGGCUUCCAGCAGGACAGCCAGGGAGAGUACAAGGCGCCGCAGUGCAUCCACAUGGACUGUCUCAGGUGGGUGAAGAGGGACAGUUACCUCCCCGUGGGCAGCCACAACCUCAAAGCAGCUGCCAAGGCCAAGCUGGGCUAUGACCCUGUGGAGCUGGACCCCGAGGACAUGUGCCGCAUGGCCACCGAGCAGCCCCAGACCCUGGCCACAUACUCUGUGUCCGACGCAGUCGCCACAUACUACCUGUACAUGAAGUAUGUCCACCCCUUCAUCUUCGCGCUCUGCACCAUCAUCCCCAUGGAGCCCGACGAGGUGCUGCGGAAGGGCUCUGGCACACUGUGUGAGGCCUUGCUGAUGGUGCAGGCGUUCCACGCCAACAUCAUCUUCCCCAACAAGCAGGAGCAGGAGUUCAACAAGCUGACGGACGACGGCCACGUGUUGGAUGCCGAGACCUAUGUGGGGGGCCACGUGGAGGCCCUGGAGUCCGGUGUCUUCCGCAGUGACAUCCCCUGUCGGUUUAGGAUGAACCCUGCUGCCUUCGACUUCUUGCUGCAACGAGUCGAGAAGACAAUGCGCCACGCCAUUGAGGAGGAGGAGAAGGUGCCCAUGGAGCAGGUCACCAACUUCCAUGAGGUGUGUGAUCAGAUUAAGACCAAGCUCACCUGCCUGAAAGAUGUUCCUAACCGAAUCGAGUGUCCCCUUAUCUACCACCUGGAUGUGGGGGCCAUGUACCCCAACAUCAUCCUGACAAACCGCCUCCAGCCCUCUGCCAUGGUGAACGAGGCCACCUGUGCUGCCUGUGACUUCAACAAGCCUGGAGCGAACUGCCAGAGGAGGAUGGCCUGGCAGUGGAGGGGCGAGUUCAUGCCCGCCAGCCGCAGCGAGUACCAUCGGAUCCAGCACCAGCUGGAGUCAGAGAAGUUCCCUGCCUUGUUCCCGGAGGGGCCGGCCCGGGCCUUUCACGAGCUGUCCCGUGAGGAGCAGGCCAAAUAUGAGAAGAGGAGGCUGGCGGAUUACUGCCGGAAGGCCUACAGGAAGACCCACGUCACCAAGGUGGAGGAGCGCCUCACCACUGUCUGCCAGCGGGAAAACUCCUUCUAUGUGGACACAGUGCGUGCCUUUCGGGACAGGCGCUAUGAGUUCAAAGGGCUCCACAAGGUGUGGAAGAAGAAGCUCGCUGCAGCUGUGGAGGCAGGCGAUGCGUCCGGAGUGAAGCGCUGUAGGAACAUGGAGGUGCUGUACGAUUCGCUGCAGCUGGCCCACAAGUGCAUCCUCAACUCCUUCUACGGCUACGUCAUGCGCAAGGGGGCUCGCUGGUACUCCAUGGAGAUGGCCGGCAUCGUCUGCUUCACAGGGGCCAACAUCAUCACCCAGGCCCGGGAGCUGAUCGAGCAGAUCGGGAGGCCCUUAGAACUGGACACAGAUGGGAUAUGGUGUGUCCUGCCAAACAGCUUUCCAGAGAACUUCGUCAUCCAGACGACCAGUGUGAAGAAGCCCAAGAUCACCAUCUCCUACCCUGGGGCCAUGUUGAACAUUAUGGUCAAGGAAGGCUUCACCAAUGACCAGUACCAGGAGCUGACCGAGCCCUCCUCGCUCACCUAUGUAACCCGCUCAGAGAACAGCAUCUUUUUUGAGGUCGAUGGACCCUACCUUGCUAUGAUCCUUCCAGCCUCCAAGGAAGAAGGAAAGAAACUAAAGAAGAGGUAUGCCGUAUUCAAUGAAGAUGGCUCCCUGGCGGAGCUCAAGGGCUUUGAGGUCAAGCGCCGAGGGGAGCUGCAGCUGAUUAAAAUCUUCCAGUCGUCAGUCUUUGAAGCCUUCCUCAAGGGCAGCACACUUGAAGAAGUGUAUGGCUCUGUGGCCAAGGUGGCCGACUACUGGCUGGAUGUCCUGUACAGCAAGGCGGCCAACAUGCCUGAUUCUGAGCUGUUCGAGCUGAUUUCUGAGAACCGUUCCAUGUCUCGGAAGCUGGAAGACUACGGGGAGCAGAAGUCCACCUCCAUCAGCACUGCGAAGCGUCUGGCUGAGUUCCUGGGAGACCAGAUGGUCAAGGACGCAGGGCUGAGCUGCCGUUACAUCAUCUCCCGCAAGCCCGAGGGCUCCCCCGUCACUGAGAGGGCCAUCCCACUUGCCAUCUUCCAAGCAGAGCCUACAGUGAGGAGGCAUUUCCUCCGGAAGUGGCUUAAGAGCUCUUCCCUUCAAGACUUCGACAUUCGGACCAUUCUCGACUGGGACUACUACCUCGAACGGCUGGGAAGCGCCAUCCAGAAGAUCAUCACGAUCCCUGCGGCUCUGCAGCAGGUGAAGAAUCCAGUGCCACGUGUCAAACACCCUGAUUGGCUGCACAAAAAGUUGCUGGAGAAAAACGAUGUCUAUAAGCAGAAAAAGAUCAGUGAGCUCUUCGUCCCUGUGGGCAAGAGACAGGUCCUGACGGCCCAGGCCCCAGAAGGCAGUCCAAGGCCAGGUGCUCCGGACAUGGAGGACUUCGGCCUCUCUAAGCAACCUCGCCCGCCAGUCCCUGUUGCUACCAAGAGGAAGCGGGUCCUCUGGGAGAGUCAGGAGGAUUCUCAGGACCUCUCGCUGACUGUGCCCUGGCAGGAGAUCUUGGGGCAGCCUCCCGUGCUUGGCACCACCCAGGAAGAGUGGCUGGUCUGGCUCCAGUUCCAUAAGAAGAAGUGGCAGCUGCAAGCUCGACAGCGCCUCGCCCGCAGGAAGAGGCAACGUCUAGAGUCAGCAGGGGACACACUGAGGCCUGGAGCUGUCCGCGAAGGGCCUGCCACAGGGCUUGGGAGCUUCUUGCGAAGAACUGCCCGCAGUGUUCUGGACCUUCCGUGGCAGAUUGUGCAGAUCAGCGAGACCAGCCAGGCCGGCCUGUUCCGACUCUGGGCUGUCAUCGGCAACGACUUACACUGCAUCAAGCUGAGCAUCCCACGGGUGUUCUACGUGAACCAGCGGGUGGCCAAGGCAGAGGAGGGGCCUUCGUAUCGCAAGGUGAACCGGGUCCUCCCUCGCUCUGGCGUGGUCUACAAUCUCUAUGAGUACUGCGUGCCAGAGGAUGCCUACCAGGAGCACAGCAACGAGAUCGGUGCUGAGCUGUCAGCACCCGACGUCGAAGGCGUGUACGAGACUCAGGUGCCAUUGCUGUUCCGGGCCCUCGUGCAGCUGGGGUGUGUGUGUGUGGUCAAUAAGCAGCUGGUCAGGCACCUUUCUGGUUGGGAAGCAGAGACAUUUUCUCUCGAGCACCUGGAGACACGUUCUCUGGCCCAGUUCAGCUACCUGGAGCCAGGGAGCAUCCGCCACAUCUACCUGUAUCACCUUGCGCAGGGCCACAAGGCGCUCUUUGGGGUCUUCAUCCCUGCCCAGCGCAGAGCAUCCGUGUUUGUGUUGGACACUGUUCGCAGCAACCAGAUGCCCAACCUCAGUGCCCUGUACUCAGCAGAGCACAGCCUCUUGCUGGAGAGGGCAGGGCCUGAGCUCCUGCCACCCUCCAAACACACCUUUGAGGUUCGGGCUGAAACAGACCUGAAGACCAUCUGCCGCGCUGUCCAGCGCUUCCUGCUUUCCUACAAGGAGGAGCGCCGGGGGCCCACACUCAUUGCCGUCCAGUCCAGCUGGGAGCUGAAGAGGCUGGCCAGCGAGGUUCCUAUCCUGGAGGAGUUCCCGCUGGUGCCUGUCCAUGUAGCUGACAAGAUGAGCUAUGGAGUCCUGGACUGGCAGCGCCACGCAGCCCGGCGCAUGCUCAGGCACUACCUUCAGCUGGACACCUGCCUGUCACAGGCCUUUGAGAUGAGCAGGUACUUCCACAUUCCCGUUGGGAACCUGCCGGAGGACAUCUCCACUUUCGGCUCCGACCUCUUCUUUGCCCGCCACCUGCAGCGCCACAACCACCUGCUCUGGCUGUCUCCCACGGCACGCCCCGACCUUGGCGGGAAGGAGGCGGAUGACAACCGCCUGGUCAUGGAGUGGGACGACCAGGCCACCGUGGAGAUCAACAGUCCUGGCUGCUACUCCACAGUGUGUGUGGAGCUGGACGUGCAGAACCUGGCCGUGAACACCAUCCUCCAGUCCCACCACGUCAACGACAUGGAGGGGUCCGACAGCGUGGGCAUCAGCUUUGAUGUGAUCCAGCAGGCGUCCCUGGAAGACAUGAUCACGGGCAACCAGGCCGCCAGCGCCCCGGCCAGCUACGACGAGACGGCCCUCUGCUCCAGCACUUUCAGGAUCCUGAAGAGUAUGGUGGUGGGCUGGGUGAGGGAGAUCAUGCAGUACCACAACGUCUACGCCGACAACCAGGUGGUGCACUUCUACCGCUGGCUGCGGUCGCCGUCCUCCCUGCUCCACGACCCCGCCCUGCACCGGACGCUCUACAGCAUGAUGAAGAAGCUGUUUCUGCAGCUCAUCGCUGAGUUCAAACGCCUAGGGUCAUCAGUCGUCUACGCCAACUUCAACCGCAUCAUCCUCUGUACAAAGAAGCGCCAGAUCGACGACGCCAUCGCCUAUGUGGAGUACAUCACCAACAGCAUCUACUCCAAAGAGAUCUUCCACUCCCUGACGCUCUCUUUCUCUCGGUGCUGGGAAUUUCUCCUCUGGAUGGACCCAUCUAACUACGGUGGGAUCAAAGGAAAAGUUCCACCUACCAUCCACUGCGGACAGCAAGACUCCCAGACAGGGGAGAGAGCAGGCGAUGACCAGGAGGACGAGGACAGCAGAGAGCAGGAGGACGGAGGGGGUGCAGAGGAGUCCAGCGUGGAGGACUUGCUGGAAAACAACUGGAACAUCUUGCAGUUUUUGCCGCAGGCAGCCUCCUGCCAAAGCUACUUCCUUAUGAUCGUUUCAGCGUACAUCGUGGCGGUGUACCACAGCAUGAAGGAUGAGCUUCGGCGCAGCGCCCCCGGGAGCACCCCCGUGAGGAGGAGGGGGGCCAGCCAGUUCUCCCAGGAGGCUGGAGGAGUGUGCGGAGCCCUUCCUGGAGUGAUCACUUUCUCUCAGGAUUAUGUGGCCAAUGAACUCACCCAGAGCUUCUUCACCAUCACUCAGAAAAUCCAGAAGAAAGUCACAGGCUCCCGGAACUCGACUGAGCUCUCAGAGAUGUUCCCCCUCCUGCCAGGUUCUCACCUGGUGCUUAAUAACCCUGCGUUGGAGUUCAUCAAAUACGUGUGCAAGGUUCUGUCCCUGGACACGAACAUCACGAACCAGGUGAAUAAGCUGAACCGAGACCUGCUUCGCCUGGUGGACGUGGCUGAGUUCUCCGAGGAGGCCCAAUUCAGAGACCCCUGUCGCUCCUACGUGCUGCCGGAGGUUGUCUGCCGCAGCUGCAGCUCCUGCCGAGACCUGGACCUGUGUAGAGGCUCUUCCUCUCAGGACGGGGCUGUCCUGCCCCAGUGGCUCUGCUCCAACUGUCAGGUCGCCUACGACUCUGCGGCCAUCGAGAUGGCCCUGGUGGAAGCUCUGCAGAAGAAGCUGAUGGCCUUCACCCUGCAGGACCUGAUAUGCCUCAAGUGCCGUGGCGUGAAGGAGACCAACAUGCCUGUGUACUGCAGCUGUGCUGGCGACUUUGACCUCACCGUCCACACUCAGGUCUUUAUGGAGCAGGUCGGAAUCUUCCGGAACAUCGCCCAGCACUAUGGCAUGGCAUACCUCAUGGAGACCUUGGACUGGCUACUACAGAAGAGCCCCUCUGGGGGCCGUUAACAAACUGGGCUCAGCCAGCCUCAGCACUGGUGCCAGGACCCUUGUCCCCAUGCGUAUGCCCCAUCCUGACCUCAGCCUGGGGAUGGGGCUGGACCGAGCAAAACAACUUGGGGACUCAGAAGUGGCUCCAUCCUUGUCAGACACCCACUGAAGCAGGCCAUGUGCCGAGAAGACUCAGGCCUGAGGGUGGUCUCGCCGAAUGGACCAAUGUGCUGUGGCCUUCUGUACCUACUGGGUAGCGUGGGGAAGGCCCUCCUGCUACCCCGUCUUCCCCUUGUCUCCUGGAGGUGCCCUUGGGGGCUGCUGGGCCCAUCAGGCUACAGGGCUAACCCUAGGAAAAUAUUUAACAAGCAAGAUUGUAGA